UCACAGGGCACAGAUCAGUUGAUGAUUGCUAAUCAGUCCAAGUGUGGAGUGAUGCAUCACCAAAACCAGCAUUGUUCUCUCUCAGACAGACGGCGUAUCUACUGUCAGAGUUUGAGGAGACACCAUGGCGGAUUUGAGUAUGAUUCAUGUAGGCAGGACCAAGAAGAGGACAGCAGUGUCCCUGCAACGCCAGAAUGUCAGACUGCAUGUUAUUACACAGGUGACAGUGAGCUCACUCAUGUAUACGUUCAAAACGACACAAAUUCCUGCUUGAGUGAUUCUGAAAGUGAUUUUGGAGAUGUCCACGAUGUCCAGAUGGAUUCAUGUCUCCAUACCUGUAACGGUUCAGAACACAAUCUUGAAGUUUCUCAUCUUCAAACCAGUGAAGGAAUGAAUGAUGAACCAGAACAAACUGAAGAGAAUUUAUGCCUGUGCAGGGAUGUACAUUCGGGAUGGAAUAGCAACCACUGGCCAUCUUUACCUCCUCCAUGUUGUAAUGCGAGAAACGCCGUGGUGGUGGGUGUUGAAGUGGAUGUUCUAGAAGAGGUGGUUUACGAGGACACGGAAAUUGUUCAAACACAAACUAUGUUUGAUGGAUGCCUGGAGGACCAUAUGAUGGACUCUGACUCAUGUUAUUGUGACCAGUUGUUUUUCAUGUGAAUAACAAAUGACAUCAUUAUCCCUUCCAUUAUGACCAUGUAACUACAUUAUUAUGAUUAAUAAUGACUGGUUCAUUCUUGUCACCCAAGUAUGCAAAUUAUUUAGAAAAAAAGUGCUGUAUAAGUAAUUUUUUGUCAUUUGGAGUGCUAACUGUUUUUCUGUUUGUUUGUAUUUAGUUAUAAGAAAAGUGACUGAUAUAACAUUUCAACACCUGAUGUAAAUGUACGUAAAGUGUCUUCUGGCGAAUGAUAAACACUUUAUUGAGUGUAAAAGUGGGACAUUUAUUCGGUCUGAGAUGCGAUCAGUAAAACAACAGAAAUAAUAAUAAUAGUGUAAAUAAAUUGAUAAAAAAAAUAAAUCACGUUAGCUAUUUUAAUUGAAAUUACAGGCUCUGUAUAUUAAAUAUAUUUUACCUGUCAUUAAUGUUUUUUUGAUACUUCAAUUUCAAGAACUACCAGAAAGCCACUCAAAUUUUCUUUUAAUCCUAAAAUCCGACCGAUAAGGUAAAUUGUCAUUUCGUGUAAAAUUUCUAACAUUUAAAAUGAAUAAAUAUAUAUAAUUAUAACAGGGCUGUUUAAGAAGGAAAGCCUCGUUUGGACGUCUCUGGUCGCUAUAUCAGAGGCUAAUCAAUGCUAAGUGUAGUUACAGUGUAAUAUUAACCCUACGGAGGCUUUUCCUGGUUGUUUAUUGACAUAUCUGAGGUAAAUUUUAAUAUUGCGGAUGCUUCAAUCUUGUAUCCAUUUUGUUUCUUGACUCUUUUCCUCAACUUUGUCCACUGUAAAUGCUACACAGUUACAUGUGGGCUAACUUGAGGUAAAGAGGUUAUACAUUUUUAAUUUAUAGGUUUAUAAUUAACAGCAGUGACUGUGACAAGGAAAAACUCAGUGAGAUGGUAUGUGAAAUGUCCUUUCAUUACACUCCCAUCAUGUUGAGAUGUACUGUUCAGUGAUAGGGACUUAAAUGCAGAACUUAUCAUGCAAACUAAGCCAUUAUAGCAGACUGCUGAUAUUAAUUUCAGCUCAAAUCCAUCCAAAGUUCUUAAGUUGCUCAGUAACAUCAUGAUUCUUUAGGCUGUUCAUACAAAACAUUCCCCAGCCUCAUAGAGUGUCUUUAUUUGGUGAGGUAGGGCAUCAGGAUGGACAUGUGGAUCUGGAAAGACAGGUCAAAAGACCGGUCACUGAUACUUCAGGAGCAUAUUUAACUCGACAGAGAGAGAAAGAGAAAAGGGGUGACAGGGAGAAGCAAGUAUCCUUGUAUGAUAUCAAUGUUUUCAGGAAGCAUGGUUCUACAUAGAUGUUGAACGUUUAUCAGACAUUUAGCUUCUGUUUUUUUUUUUUUGUUGAAAGGGGAAAUGGAGUAUCUGAAACAGUAAGAGGAAUCAAAAAACAUACAAAUGUGGUAUUAGAAUGUAUUAUAUGAUUGACAUUUUUAUUUGCAAUACCACUUUUAUGUUUUUGUUUUAUGUUUUUUUAUAUUUAAUGAAAAAUACCAAAAUAUGUGCAAUCUCACUUUUUAUUUUGUAAUUU